GAGGGGAAAACAAAGUGAAUGUGGACUGUGGAGUGAUCAGUAUAUUUGUAUAAUUUUAAUGUUCAUUAUGUUAGUGUGUUAUUGGGAUAAGUUGUUUUUGUAUAGGUGAUUAAAGUGAUGUGAACACAAACUAUAAAUAUGAGUGAUUUCGAUUAGAUAUGGUAAUUAUUACCAGUGCUGUAAUUGUACAUAAAUUUUCCAACUACAUAAAAGUAACAUUGAAGUCUGUUCUCUUUUUGAUAUAUGAAAAUAUUCUCCAAUUUGUCAUCCUGAAUUCCUUCUAUAGUGGGAUUAGGAACGAAAUAAUUAUAAGGUUAGAUAUGUGGUUUUCUGGAAAUGGUAAGAUUGAUCUCACAAAUCAAAAAGAUUUGAUUUUCAGUGAUCUUAUUCAAGAAUGUAAACAUGCAGCCCCAGGAGCAAGGCUUUCUUAUGCAAUCAGGACAAGGCUAGAACGGUUUUCCAAAGAGCACAGGAAAGAAAUUGUUUGCAGACUUAAAGAUGGUUGUGCACCCCUUUUUAUAGCUUGUAAAAGAGGCCACUUGGAAAUUGUUGAAUAUCUAAUUAAUACAUGUGAUGCAGAUAUCGAACAGCGUGGGUUGUAUGAAGUACCUGAUGAUCGAUCAGUACACAGUGUAACUCCACUGUGGUGUGCAGCAGUAUCAGGAAAAUUACCUGUUAUCCGAUGUUUAGUUGAGCAUGGAGCUGAUGUUAAUGCUGUAUCUGAUACAGGCUCAACCCCAGUGAGAAGUGCCUGUUUUAUGACUCAUCUAAACAUAGUUUCUUAUUUGGUAGAAUGUGGAGCUGAUAUUUUGAAAGCAAAUUACAAUGGUGGAACAUGCCUCAUCAACUCUGUUCAGAGUGUACAAUUGUGCCAGUACUUGCUGCAAAAUGGUGCUUAUGUUAAUGCUCGAGACAUUCAAAAUAAAACUGCACUGCACUAUGCCAUCCAAGAACAUAGAUUUGAAACAACUAAGUUGUUGCUGGAUCAUGGAGCAGAUCCACAUGCUCGAAGCCGUUAUAAUGACGAUGCUCUUCAGACUGCUUGUUUGAAAGGUGCAGCACAAAUUUUUCUGUACUUGAUAGAUAGAAUCCCUUAUGAUCCUGAACGACUGGCUGAUGCACACGAGUUAAUGGGUUCUACCUUCCUGGAUGAGCACACUGAUUCACAGGUGGCAUUGUUACACUGGCAGAUGGCUACAAAUCUACGUAGACAGCACGGAACCAAUGGAGAACCUCUGCUUAAAAGACCAGAAAUGACACCCAAAUCGGCAUUUGGCUUUGCUAAGGAGUUCAGAACUGAAGAAGACCUCCAGAACAUUUCAUUGGACUUAGAUGCCAUGAGGAUACAAAGUUUAUUGGUUUGUGAGCGGGUUCUCGGGCCAACACACAAGGACACUUUGUUCAGAUUGAUGUACCGUGGAGCUGCGUAUGCAGAUGACCUGAUGUACCAGCGAUGUAUCGAUCUGUGGAGAAGAGCUCUGGAAAUAAGGGUUGAAAAGGAUUCGGUGUUAUUCAGUGACACGUGUUUCACUGCCCAAGCCCUUGUUCGGCUCUUCGUAGAUCUUAAUGAAAAGAGUUUAGAGGUAAUGGGAAAUGGUAACAUAAGGGCAGAAGAGGAACCUCAGUUUAAUGACGUCCUUGCCACAUUCACUCUCCUAGCUGACAAGCUUUCUGAUUGCCGGCAACUUCUCCAGGUGAGGCCGGUGUACAAGAGACAGCAGGAAAGUUUUGACCGCAUCUUAAAAUGCAUCACUCACCUUAUCUACCUACUGGUGGAGACUGGGCGCAGUGAGGAGGAGCAGGAGCAGGUGAGCGAGUGUGUACGUGCGCUCGUCUGGUCCAGCCCGCGCUCGGCCACCACAGGUGACACGCUGCUCCAUCUGUGUGUAUCCAGGCUCAACACUAUCAAGAGUAGUUAUUUCAGUGAUGACAAUCAGCUAAUUUUUCCCAACAUGAAAGUGAUUAAGUUGCUGCUGGAUUGUGGAGCUCCUGUCAAUGCAAGGAACGAGUCCAAGUCCACACCAUUGCACGUGGCAGCCAACCCAUAUAACUUCUACGCUCCUUUGGUACAGCUGCUGUUGGAUGCAGGGGCUCAUCUGGACCAGCCAAACAAGGCGGGUGAUUGCCCUGCUCUCCUGAUUGCGAUGAACCCCCACAACAACAUACACCUCAUCAACUACACCAGUUUACGCUGCCUCGCCGCCACCGCAGUGUGCAAGUAUGGCAUCCCCUAUACAGGCCAGAUCCCAGCCACUCUUGAGACAUUCGUCUCCUUUCAUCAAGAGUAACUGUUACAGUCAUGUGGGCAUUGAUUAUUUUUGCAAAUUGUUAUUUAAGUGGAUGAAGGAUUACAGUAUUUAUCACUAUUACUAUUACAAUAUGUGGUGCAUAUCUGUAAAUCAUGCUUUAUCAAGUAUAAAUUAUGUUAUUAAAAUACCUUAAUUGGUAGAAUAAUUUGAAUGUUCAAUCUCGUUGAAUUCGUUCACACAAAACAGAGUAUCAUAAAUAAAUUUAUUGCAAAUAUAAA